AUACUGCACGACCACCCCUGCUGGCUGGAGAGUGCGGGUAAUCUUGUGCCCGUGGCAAAGACAGGUGAACAGCUUCACUUCUAUGUCAGGGCCUUUGAGGAGAAUCGUCUGAACAUGCUGAUUCGCGUCAAGGAUGCUCAUCUCCCGCAUUCCGGAAAACUGGCGUUUAUGCCCAACCAGAAGACGACAGGGUAUGUCUCCUUCUAA